AUUCCUUAAUUUUUGUGGGUUCUGUCGAUUCAAUUUUUGUUGUGGAAUUAUGAAUGAUUGCGAUAUCUUUGUCUCUUCGCUUCUGAAUCAUGUUGUUUGGCUUCUCGAUUGUCCCAAUGCCUUGAUUUUGUUUUCUGAGUUGUUAAUUUUGUUUGUGCUGGACAUGGUUCACCUUUCUUCUCAUUUCUCAUCAAAUUUCCUAGCAACUUCAUACAUUCAACUCAUGUUCUUUUCUGUUAACUGCAAGAUGUUCUGGGUGGAGUUUUUUUUUAUCUGGUUUCUUGUGUUUGAUAUUCAGGCUCUUAAAGUUUGAACACUCAAGAUGAGUAUUAAACUCAUAGAUGAGUAUUAUUUAAACUCAUAGAUGAGUAUUAUACUCAUAGAUGAACUGAACGGUGUCGCCUCAAUGUGAAAUUUUGUGUAGAUUGGGUUUAGCUUUUGGCAAGAAACUCUGCCUGAGGUAGCUUCACUGAUUAAGAGUAGAAUUCAAUCCUUAUUCCACAUGGGUUCACUGAUAAAUGGUUGCAAUUUAGAAAUCUUUAGCUUGGGUUAAUCAAAACUCAAAGAUAUAAUAACUCCAGUGAAGCCUUUGUAGUUAUUUAUGGAACUUCUUGGUAUUGGAGCAAAUAUGCAGGGUUCGAGCAACUAUCCGAACUCUUAUUUCAGUCGGGAUCGUAAAGGAGUUGUUGGUAGCUGUGUAUGACCACAAAUCAGUGAGGAUAAAAUGGUGAACGGUCGACAUAGCUCCAAUGGUUUCUUAUCACCGUUGUCAGCGGGUCUGUAUGUCGAUUGUGGCCGAGAAGCGCUGAAGCAGAUAAUGAUUAAGCAAGAAUUGGUUUUUAGGGAUCAGCUUUUCGAACUUCAUCGCCUUUAUAGACGACAGAGGGAGUUUAUAGCCGAGAUGAAGAGGGAAUCAUGUAAGCAUGAUGUUCGCGUUACGACAGCUCGGGUCUCUGCGUUGUGUGCUCAAGAUGCACGUAACUUCCCUGUGUAUAAUCAAUCAUCUAUUUUCGGUGAAAAAAAGACGUCGUUACUUUCAUGUCUAGGGAAGAACUUUCAAACAGAUUCGGACUCCGUUCUGAAUGGAAGUUGUUCAACGAAUACUUACGUUUCGGAAUCUAAGAGAAAGAUUUUGGGAAAAGUGAUGUUUGAUCUUGAACUUCCAACUGACAGCAAACACUCGAACGUAAAAGAUGAAUUGACCGAAAGGCCUGAAAUAUCGAGCUGUGAUCUGAAGAGAAUACCUGAGAUUGUUCAUAUUAGUGAUAGAACACCUUUUCUUGCCAAGUAUGAUUUGAAUGCCUCAUUAUUAGAGAAAACUAAGGUCUCGGUUGAUUUAAACGAUCCUCUGAACUUUGAGGAAGAAUCGAGUUUUGGAUACGUCGGUUUAAACGAGGCUACUGGCCACAGGGAGAUCCUUUUCCAUGAGCUCUAUGGCAAAGCCAAUUCAAACUUUCUUGUUUACUCAGAGCAAGACAAAGAUAUUGCAAGUUCAAGUCUGUCAUCAUCCACUACAUCUUUGACAAAAUCUGCACAAGAUCCUAAAGAACACCAUAUUUUGGAUGCUGAGAGUUCCAAAAUGUUGAUAGAAAAUGCUAUGCUUGCUGAAGACGAUCGCUCUAGCGUUAAGAACUUGAUAUCUAGAAUUGGGUCUGAUAGUGUAAGCAGCUCUCUUGAGAUAAGCUUCAGUAAUGGCACCAAGUCCGAGAGCGUAAAAGGAGAAUCUCGUCGCUCAUUCGAGGCUUCUGCAAAUUGGAUCAAAGGUCGAAUCGACCUCAAUGUGUGCAUAAAUGAAGAAUGUUUAGCAACACCUUGUUGCUCCACUGAAAUGAAACAUUCAAUUACAGGAGAGUUUGAUGACCAAGUUGGAUCAAAUUUUCUAAACUCCAUUCGAGAUGAUGGCGAACCAUUGGAGGAUCUCGUCGCGAUUGCAGCAGAACGUUUGAUGUCUAUUUCAUCAUCGGCGGCUCAAAAUUGUCAGAAAAACAUCAGCUGUCAGUAUGUUCCAGCUUCAUGUGAAUCUUUAUCCUGGUUUGCUGAAAUAGCCUUGAACAAUAAGGAUGCUAAUGACUCAACGGAGCUUUCACCAAAUUCCAUGGAUGACUUUGAGAUCAUGACAUUGAAGUUGAAAGAAACAAAAGUGGAAGAGUGUUCUUUGAUAGUAAGUAACCACGACGAGGCAGCGGUAAAACAUGUUUCUUCGUCUUCAUGUCAACUCGGGAAGAGCCGUGUGAGGCGGAGUCCGUGCAAGAAUUUUCAGACAGAAAUUCUUCCAAGUCUUGCAACUUUGUCGAGGUACGAGGUUAAAGAAGACAUUCAAGCAAUAGGAGGUCUGAUAGAAGUUGCAAAUUCUCGAGGUAGAACGACAUGGACUCGAGGUAGAACGACAUGGACUCGAGGGAAGAGACGGUUAUGUAACUCAUCUUCAAAACUUACAGAAACUGUCUUAGGGUCAAUCAUGGAUCAAGUAAACAGUAGCAAGGUUCUACUUUGGGGAAAUAUUACUCGUCGUCGUCGGGGACAGAGAUAUCGAGCUUGUAAUCGAAAGAUCGUUGUAGGACAAGUAUAGUCAUACUUUUAAUAAAUGAAGUGAUCUCAUACACUAUGGAAACUGAUCUGAGUCUUUAAUUUGGAUACUACAAUUUGAACAACAAAAAUGAAAGUAGAAUUGA